AUGACUACAACCAUGCGUGCUGUCGACAUCAAAGGCGACACCGGCCCCGCGACCUCCCUCUUCAUCUCCUCCUCCGCACCCAAGCCCACAGCCUCCCCAGGGCAAGCCGUCGUUAAAAUCAAAGCCUUCGGACUAAACCGCAUGGACCUGCUCCAACGCGAAGGACACUACCCACUCCCACCACAAGCACCCAAGACCCUCGGCGUAGAAUUCAGCGGUACAAUUGAAACCCUAGGCCCAGAUGUGAAGGAGGGGUUUAAGGUAGGAGACGAGGUGUUCGGGUUAGCUUAUGGGGGCGCGUACGCGGAGUAUAUUGCUGUGAGCUCGCAUAUGCUUUUGCAUAAGCCGGCACAUUUGAGCUGGGAGGAGGCGGCUGGUGUUCCUGAGACAUGGAUAACAGCCACCCAAGCCAUGUACCUAGUCGGCGACUUCCAAGCAGGCCAAAGCAUCCUCUGGCACGCCGGCGCCUCCAGCGUCUCCAUCGCCGGCAUCCAGCUCUCCAAAGCCGCCGGCGCCAGCGCCAUAUACGUCACCGCAGGCUCUCAGGAAAAAAUCGACUUCUGCGUCAAGGAACUCGGCGCCACCGCAGGCUUCAACUACAAAACGCAAGACUGGGCUAAAGAAAUCCUCUCCCUCACAAACGGGAAGGGCGUCGAUCUCACCAUCGAUUUCGUGGGCCAGAGCUAUUUCCAGCAGAACCUCGAUGUGGCAGCGAGGGAUGGACGGAUUGUUAAUCUGGGUGCGAUGAGUGGGACGAAGUUAGCUACUGCGGGGGUGGAUAUUGGUGCGUUUAUAAGGAAGCGGGUUAGGUAUGAGGGGAGUAGUUUGAGGAGUCGGGAUGAGGAGUAUCAGGGACGGUUGAGGGAUCGACUGCAGGAGUAUCUGCCGAGGUUUGAGGACGGGACUUUUAAGAUUUAUGUGGAUAAGGUGUUGCCGUGGGAGGAGAUUGUUGAGGCGCAUCAGCUGAUGGAGAGGAAUACAUCGAAGGGGAAGAUUAUUUGUACGGUGGAUUGA